AUGCUUUUAACAUUGCGCUUCGCAGCUUUGCAGAAAGAUGAUGAGACCUUGAUGGAUGAUGAUGUCAAGAGUGAUUCCGUUGAUAUCGAUGAUGCAAGUGACGCAUCCAAGGGCAACGACCUAGGAAGCCUUUCAGACAUCGACUCCAGGGCAGACAUCACUUUAAAAGACAUGGAUGACGUUGACAACGAGGGAGACGCAAUGGAUGUGGAUGAUGAUGUCGGGAAAGAUGAUGUUAUAAUCCCCGACACAGACCUUGAACUUGUGUAUAUCCCCAGACAAUACGAUGGCCUAGCAACUGAGGACGAUGAUUUUCUACAAAAGGUCAUCGAAUCUGGAGCUUAUCAGUCGCGGCAAGGUGAACACGAACAUUCUGCAAGCCAUCCUGGCACGGAUUACACCAUCGGCUGGAUCUGCGCCCUACCCAUUGAGUACGUCGCUGCCCAGGCUUUUCUUGACGAGAAGCAUGAAGGCGCGGAAUAUGUACCCCCCAACGAUAAUAAUGACUAUACUCUUGGCAGGAUCGGACGGCACAAUCUCGUAAUCGCCAUGCUUCGAUACGACGAAUACGGAGUAUCAUCCGCGGCAGGUGUUGCAAGAGAUAUGCUGCACACGUUUCCUCAAAUUAAACUCGUUUUAAUGGUUGGAAUUGGUGGCGGUGCUCCUAGCUCAAGACACGAUAUUCGUCUUGGCGACGUCGUCGUGGGUGUUCCUAAAGAUGGAAUGAGCGGAGUUAUCCAAUAUGACUUUGGAAAGGUCAUGCAAGGCCAGGGGUUCCAAGAGGCGGAAUUCCUCAACCCGCCACCAAUGCUGCUGCGGACGGCUGUUUCUGGUCUAAGGUCACAAUACGAGUCUCAUGGGAAUCAAAUUCUAGAAGAGGUCGAGCGCGUACUGGAAAAGCGCCCGCGACUUCGGAUGAAGUUUGCGCGACCCAAAAUUACUACGGAUAGGCUCUACCGGUCACACGUCUUGCACCCCCCAAACAACGAGACUGAUUGUGCGGUAGCCUGUGGCGACGAUCCAUCAAAUCUUGUCAGGCGGUCCAACCGCAAUGAAGAUGAUGAGGAGGACCAGGCAAUCCACUAUGGCCUAAUCGCUUCGGCGAAUAGACUGAUGAGAGAUGCCUCAGUUCGAGAUGAACUAGCGAAGAAAGGCGUUCUCUGCUUUGAAAUGGAGGCUGCAGGAUUAAUGAACAACUUUCCAUGCCUGGUUAUUCGUGGCAUCUGCGAUUACGCAGACUCACAUAUAAACAAAACGUGGCAGGGCUAUGCAGCAAUGGCGGCUGCAGCAUAUGCAAGGGAUCUCCUUUCUCGAAUACCUCCAAAGAGAGUUGAAGCUGAGAAGAAGAUUAGUGAUAUUUUACCUGGUCCUUAUGAAGGCAGUCAACAGCACUCGCCGCACCUUGCAGACAGUCGCUGGAAUAUGGCAGAAGAACCCCAAGAUUUUACUGAAAAUCAGCUUGGAACCCAGGAAGAUUUAGCCAAUGAGAGGCUAUCCGAGAAAGAUCGAGAAUGUCACCAGCUAUUCCGCCUUACAUCUGGCAAUAAAGAUACUACAUACGAAUGGUAUAAAGAACAAGUUGAAAUAAGAGUCAAGGACACUUGUUUAUGGUUCCUUAACCACGAAUAUUAUCAGGAGUGGCUAAACCAGGAGUCUGGUCUUCUGCUAAUUACAGCAGACCCUGGCUGUGGAAAAUCGGUAUUAGCUAAGUACCUUAUUGACCACGGUCUGCCACGAUCCGCAACUAUCUGUUACUUCUUCUUCAAAGACCAAGAUCAGAAUACCUCUAAUCAAGCGCUUUGUGCCUUACUACAUCAACUUUUUUCACAACAACCACUGCUGAUAAAACAUGCUACGCCGCAUUUCGAUAAAGAAGGACAGGAUCUGAUCAACUCUACGCAAUCACUUUGGAAUAUUUUACAAAAAGCUACAAGAGAUCCAGAGGCGGGUUCUACUAUUAUGGUUCUUGAUGCCUUAGAUGAGUGCGCUGAACCUGAGUUUGCGGACCUGGUGCGAAAUAUGGAAAGCCAGUUCCAGAGUGACUAUUUAAGCAGCAGCAAAAACAAGUUGAAAUAUCUUCUCACAUGUCGGCCAUAUGAGCAAAUUACAUCUCAAUUUCGCGGCUUGUUACAACAUUCUCCAAAUGUUCAUAUCCAAGGAGAGGAAGAAUCAGAAAUCAUCAGCCUGGAGGUGCAGAACGUUAUUACACACCGGAUUAAACAGUUGUCAGAGAAGGGAAAAUUCCCAACUGGAAUUCUCAACUACCUAGAGAGAACGCUGCAAGAGACUACCCACCGCACCUAUCUCUGGGUAUAUCUUGUGUUUAACUAUUUGGAAGAAAAUCAUCUUUUUACAAGAACACAAAAAGAGGUUGAACUAAUUAUUCAAACGCACCCAAAGAGUGUUACUGAGGCAUUUGAAAAGAUUCUCAAUAAGUCUGAAAAUGAGUAUUUGGUUCGGAAGGCCUUGAGCAUUAUCUUGGCCGCUAAUCGGCCACUCACAGUCUCGGAAAUGAAUAUUGCUAUGAAUAUAAAUGAUACAGCGCAAGAUGACACGACAAAUACCUUUGAUGGCCUGGAUUCAGAGGAUCAGGGUAGUUUUAAGUCACGUCUCAGGUCGUUGUGUGGAUUAUUCAUCUCGGUCGAUCACGGCAAGGUUUACUUCCUCGAUGAAGCUGCUCGCGAGUUUCUCCUCGCGGAUCUGGCGUCUCCGACAGAUACCCCAUCAGGCCUACACUGGCAUCACUCGAUUACUACUCGCCAAGCACACAAUGUUCUUGCGGAGCUCUGUGUCUUAUACCUGAACCUUUUUAAUUCUGGAAUUAGCGCUAGAACCAGAGCACAUUGGGCAACUAGCUACGAUUACAAGGCGUUUUUAAAAUACUCGGCUGAAAAUUGGGGUGCUCAUUUUCGCCAAGCUUGGGUGGCCGAUGAUGCUGCCAUUGUACCUUUUGCGAAAAGAAUUUGUGAUCUAAAUUCGACGGGCUACUUGGCGUGGUCUGAGACCUAUUGGAAGACUAGCGUCAUGGCAAUUGAUGGGAAUCUUACAGAUCUCAUAAUAGCAUCGUACUACGGCCAUCAUGCUGUUGUUAAGCUACUGGUCGAGGAAGGAGCUGAUAUCGAGGCAAAAGAUGGAGAUGGCCAGACGCCGUUAUUAUGGGCUGCUAUAGUUGGGCAUGAGACUGUUGUCAAGCUACUAGUUGAGAAAGGAGCUGACAUUGAGGUAGAGGAUAACUUUGGCCAAACGCCGCUAUCGCGGGCUGCUGAAAAUGGGCAUGAGGCCAUUGUUCAGUUACUGGCUGAGAAAGGAGCUGGUAUAGAGGCCGAGAGAGAGGACUGCCUGGCGCCGAUAUUAUGGGCUGCCAUGGCCGGCCAUGAGGCUGUUGUCAAGCUACUGAUUGAACAAGGAGCUGAUAUUGAGGUGAAAGACGAAGAUGGCCAGACGCCGCUAUCAUGGGCUGCUGUAGCUGGGCAUGAGGCUGUUGUUAAGCUGCUGGUUGAAAAAGGAGCUAAUAUUGAGGCAAAAGAUGGAGACGGCCGGACGCCGUUAUUACAAGCAGCUGAAUAUGGGCGUCUUGCUAUUGUUACGCUGCUCGUUGAGAAAGGGGCUGAUGUUAAGGUGAAGGAUGAUUUGGGUCAAACGCCACUAAUGCAAGCCGCUGGGAAUGGAUAUAAGGCUAUUGUUAAGCUGCUAAUAGAAGAAGGAACAGAUAUUGAGGUAAAGGAUAAUUUUGGCCAAACGGCGUUAUCACGCGCUGCUGGGUUUAGAUAUAGGGCUAUUGGUAAGCUGCUGGUUGAGAAGCUUCUGGUUGAGAAGGAAAUUGAUAUUGAGGCGAAGGAGGAUAAAUCUGGCUAG